GGAGAAUAUGGACUCCAUUUGUCGCAUCAUUUUUCUUCUUCUGUCCUUUUACAAGAUAAACCCAGCUCUUUCUUCUUGUGUUAUAGGAUGCUCCUGCUCCAGUGACAGCUUUGGAAGGAGUUUGCUGUGCAUGUCUACAUCCUUGAGAAAGAUACCUGGAGACAUUCCACAAGACAUCAAAAAAAUUAGAAUAGAAAACUCUCAUUUAACAGAGCUGCCUCGUGGGUCCUUCUCCAAUGCCAGUGCCUUGGAAUAUCUCUGGCUGAAUUUCAAUAACAUUACAGUUAUGCACCUGAAGAGCCUAGAGUACCUGAAGGAUUUGACAGAGCUGAGACUGCAGGGAAACAAGUUAAGUUCAGUACCAUGGACAACAUUUCAAGAUACUCCAGCUUUAAAAAUAUUGGAUCUAAAGCACAAUAAACUGGAUGUGCUUCCAGAACAUGCACUCAGGUAUCUGCCCAACCUGACCUACUUAGACUUAUCCACAAAUCAGCUUACUAUCAUAUCCAGGGAUGUUUUCUAUAAUUGGCCUGUGUACCAGAAAACCCAGCAGCCUGAGAGGAGGAUGGAGGCUAUUUCCAACGCGGUCCUGGCUUUACAUGAUAACCCAUGGAUCUGUGACUGUCGCCUUAGGGGAUUUGUCCAGUUUAUCAAGUCUCUUAGCCCACCUGUCAUUCUGAUGAAUUCUUAUUUAACUUGUUCAAGCCCUAAAUUUAGGGCAGGAAAGUUCUUUCAUGAAGUGGAGCUCAACAGUUGCAUGAAGCCAUUAACCUCCUCCCUUGACUCCAACCUGACAGUACAGGUAGGAUCGAAUGUUACUAUGGCCUGCUUGGUACAAGGCAGCCCCUCCCCAGCAGUCUGGUGGACCUAUGGCCUAAAACAUUUGAGAGCAUUUAAUGUGUCCACUACACACAUCAAUGAAGAUACAAUGAAAUCAGAACUGGUGAUUCCUUCAGCUCACCUUAUGGAUGAGGGCAAUUACACCUGCAUGGCUGCCAACUUCAUUGGCAACACCUCUACCAUAAUCUCUCUGAAAAUUCAGGCUCCCAGAAUGGUAGCUUCUUCCUCGUCUUUCUCUUCCUCGAUCUCUGAUGAGAAUAUCUAUGUUGACGUGAGGAUUGCCAAGCAGACAGUGUAUGGGAUUACACUGGAGUGGUAUGCAGUGACUGAGAAUCCCGGAGAAACUUGGUACACCCUCCACUUCGGGAAGUACGAUGACUCCAAGAAGGAGAUGAUUUACAUUGGCCCUGGCACCAACACAUACUCAGUCAACGACUUGCUCCCAGCGACCAAGUACGAGGUGUGUGUCACUUUAAGGAACCAGGCACCCCGGAAGGGCCAAUGCAUUGUCUUUGUCACGGGCAGUGACAUCAGUGAAUUGGAGCAGAGGGAGAAACUCAUCCACAUCAUCAUCAUUGUGUGCGCCAUGGUGCUGGCAGUGCCUGCUGGGAUGUAUGCGUGCACCACGGAGACCCGGCUCAACUGCAUGGAGAAGUGUGCUGCAUUCUGCCAUCGGAAUCGCAAAGGGCAGAAGAACCUGAAAACAGGAAACAAGGAAAACACUUUUGACAGCUUGCCAACCGGCAGUGAGGAGGGGCUGUGUUAUCAAGACUCCAGUGAAGACAAGAGAAAGCCAAGGUCCCCAGAGGACAAGGAGAAGCCAAACAAACACAAGCCUAACCACAGAAAUAGCGCUGAUCUCUAUUAGCUGAUAAAUUCAACCCCAUAUUAGAUUAGAGCAAGUUGAAAAUAGAUGGAUCAACAACAACAAAAAACCCACCCUAAGUCCCAUGUUACGUAAUUACUGGGCAAGUGAUAUGCAGCCACACAACCUUGUUUUUCAAAAAGUUUUGCAAACAUAUGAAUCUUUAAGGAAAAAUAGGGCUAUUGUUAAGCAGGAGAGUAAAUAAAGACAUGUACAUUACUAGCAGGGAAACCAAUAUACGUACUUCCAGCUACCUGGGAAAUUCAAUUGAAUAGAAGACAGAAACAUGGAAUUGUAAUUGUUACAGAUUAUUCAUACAUGCAGUACUGUCCCCACCCCUCUCUCACACACACACCACACACUUAACUAGUUGAGCCACAAAAGGCUUCUUCAGUGGUUACUUGCAGCUUAAUGCUGAUAGUGAUGAAAUGAAAUUCUAGGGGUGCGUCGACACUGCACCCUUUGCUUGAAAUAACAUACGCGAAUUGCACUACGCAAAUUACGUAUCUUAUUUCAAUUCUUUUUUGAAAUAAGCUAUUUCGAAAUUUGGCGCAUCUAUACAGGCCCAAAUUUCAAAAUAACACACUGUUUUGAAACAUCCUUUAUCCCUCAUGGAAAUAGAGGACGCAUUCAAAAGGCACAGGGUAGCUAUUUUGGGAUCCCAGAGGUAUCCGGAAAUAGCAUUGCAGUGUAGAUGUACCCUAAGUUACUCUCUCACUUGCUUAGCUAUAUUGAUCAUAGCAAGUUUCAGCAAUGGGAGAGCAUUGGUUUUGACACCUCAUGACUGAAUACAUGGCUUUAUCUCAUGCUGUUCGGAGUCUCUUUAUGCAUCGCAGCAAUGAUUUUCUUUACAAUCUUGUUUCACUUGCUUAUAACGUUCCACUUGGGGUUGUACCUCUCUAUAAUUUUGGUCUGAAUACAAAUGAUCAUUUCUUUCUUUUUUUUUUUUUUUUGCUGGGUUAAAUUCACAGAAAAAGACAAUGUUGACUGUUUUUGAGCUAGCCCCAUGUGAAAAUAGGCACUAUUUUCUUCCUUUUGAAGGACAUUUAAGAACUAGCUUGCACAUAGAAGAUUGAAAAACAGCUGUCCUUCAUAACAUUAAAUGGCACAUGGGGUUAGUCUUCAAAGGGGAAUAGUCUUUGAUUAUUUGAAACAAAAUGACAGCUAAAUGUUUAGUUGUGCUACUACGGCAUUACAUUAACAACUGCAUAGCGAGUGUACUAGCUAAGACCCAGAACCUGAAAGGAGCAAUACCUCUGAGACUGGGUCUCAUUGUCUUUUUAAUUAAGCUUUACAACUGGUUCAAAAAUGCCAAUUGUUUUAUACAGAAAUCUUUUUAACCCCCUCCCGCCUCAAAACUUCUUAUAUUUUUUUCCUGGUUUUCCAAAGAAAACCCCAGACGUUUUCACAAACUUGUUCAAUAUCUUCAAAAAAACUUUUUCUUCUGUGGAAAAAAAAAGUUUUCAUGACAAAAAAAAUUGGCCAGAUGUGUUAAGGAUCAACCCCAGAAACUUUACUUAGGCAAAUAAUUGAGUUUUCAAAUGUAACAGUUAUUCACAACUCCAGAUUGCUAAAGCCAGUGGCCUCAGCCAAUUGAAGAAAAAUGGGUUCCUGCUUUCUCUGACCCCACUCCAGGCAGGAGUGCUGGGCAUGUGAGACUGGCUGGGGGAAGCCCCAGUAACCUGACCCUGGUUGCAGCCUUGGGACUGGAGGAACUUUAGAUCCUUGAUGGAGGAACUUUAGAUCCUUGAUGCAGUCUCAAGGUUGGGGGCUGUGAUCUACACUGGGAAGUUGUUUUGAAAGAACUCCCCUUUUUUUGAAGUAAGAAGUGGAGCAUCCACACUACCCAGCCCAGGGAGCUCCUACUGUCUGCAGAAGCCCUGGGGCCGUGGCAAGGUGAGAAAGACAGAGAGCUGCUCCACUCUAGGGGACGCAGUGGGGAAGGCCAACAGGAGCAAAAUGGUUGUGGGGCUGUAAUGGGGGUUGCAGAAUGAGGUGGAUUGUGGUGGAAUGGGAUGCGGCUGUAGGGGGGCAGGGCAGAAUAGGGUAGGGCCAUGGGCGGGACUGCGAGUGAAAGUGUGGCAUGGGGACAGGACUCUGGGUGCAAGGGGAGGAAGGGGUCCCACAGUUGCUCUGGCCUCAUGAAACCUUAAUUUGCUUCUGGAUAAAGCUGCAGUUUUCUCCAUUUUUCCUUUUCCCUUUUUUCCUUUGGCACGUAUAGACAUAGCUAGAUGUGCUCGCAAAAAUUAGAUUCUAACUACAGAAGGAAAUCCUGACGAAAUUCUCAUUGGCUUCACUGGGGAUCAUAUUUCUCCCACAGGCUCUGUUUUUGCUUUUCUAGUAAGUCCCCUGUACACUAGUCUGACAGUGUAACCCAGCUCACAUCUUUAAUGCCGAAUGGAUAACUCGAAUAGUGCAGCUCCCUGCUGUCUGUAUCCUGGCAGGGAAUUAUUAACCACCUCCCUCACUUGUGUUCUCUGCACUUACAGAAAGGUGUCAGGCACGCCACAGAUUGCAGAAGUUCGCUGGAUUGUGACUCUUCUAGAGGAACAGUAGCUACUGAGGCAGCUCUGUGUUCUCUGCAGAAUUUUUGAACCAAAGGAUGAUUUUAAAAGGGGGAAUCCUUUAACUUAGCAAUUAUAAUGAUCCGUAUAGUGAGACCCAACUAUAUGAUCAGCUUUGUGCAGAACAUAGGGAAAAACCACCUCCUGUCCUGUAUUAAUUAUUGAUUUGUAUUAUAUGCAUUGUGAUAGCAUGUAAAUAGGAUCCCCAGGCUAGAUCCUCUUUGGGCUAGGUGCUGAAUGGACACAGAACAAAAACAUGCCCCUGCGCCAAUGUCCUUACAUUUGAACACCGAAGUUUUCCCUUAAAAUGUAAGGAAAAAAUCAGGGUGAAAAAGCAAUUACAAACCUUCUAACAGUGUAGUUACAGCUGUGUUUCUCAGGAGUUGGAAGAUACUUCUGCCCUCCUGCUUUAAAACAUAACCAAGACGUGACUAUCUGGUAUAAAUACAAAUGGGUUGCUGUGGAAAGCCUCAGAAAACCCAGUAGAGCUGAAAACAGUGCUGUAAGUGGAUUUUAAUAAGCUUGGCUGAGAUUCACGUUAUCUCCUAGGUUGUAUGGCAACACGUUAGUAACAAGAAGUAAACAAUGUUUCCAUAGGGCUUUUACAUGGGGCUACAUUUUCUUCUCUAUUGCUUAUCAAUUUCACAAUUUAGUGUACAUAUAUUUAGCUAUAACUAUAUAGUUAAUUGCUCUCAACUUGUACUUUCCAGUUUGUUUUAAGUGGCUGUGUAGUCUUCCCAGUUCUUAGUUGUAAAAUAUGGUUUUAAAAUAAAAUAAUUG